GAGACAAAUUAAAGCUGAUGGUGAGGAGCGGAAAUGCCUUCUUUUGUGUUUAUGAGUAAUUGUUUGAAAUUCAGUGGAUGUGCAAUCUUUUCGUGAUUCACUCAGUGUUAUUGAUAUUUGCUUGGACACUUCUCUGUGACUCGGAUUCUAGGAAAUUCUCACGAGACCAAAGUAACCUCAGGCAUUCCUGAACAGCGAAGACACCCACCGAUGAUCGCGGGAGGAUGUCAUGGGGCGGUCCAAGAGGAGAGCCAGAAGACCCGCCAAAACGGUGAUCCUCACGAUUGUGUCCAAGGAUCACGGGACGAUUGUGAGUGUGGACAAGGAUCGUCUUGUGUAUCGAGCUGAAGGGAAUGCCAAUCUUGUGCUAGCCAUUCCGGACCUCAAGCAAGUGCUGCGGCUGCGGAAGUCACCGCCCAAAGACAAUGAGAGAUCCACGGCGAUCGAGCAUGUGAUCAUGGUGACGGAAUAUGCGAGGAUUGUGUCGUCUCUCUUCUCUGAAUGCUUAACAAUCGAGCCGAAGCUGGUCUUGCUGAGGAUUCCCAACUACGACUCGCUCAACAAGUGGCUCAAUCAAUUCAGGCCAUCUGCAAGGUGUGACAAAGAGAUCAGAUGUCGAGCAGGAAUUCUGUACCCUGAUCUUGCGGUUCUUCGACGGGAUCUUCUCCCUCCUGCUGUACAGGUAACUGGAGACACCUUUUGUGUCGAGAUCAAACCGAAGCAGGGAUGGAUCCAUCCCGAAUCCACCCUGAAUGCUCUCUUUCCCGAGUGCAAUUCGAAAUUGUGCCGCUUCUGUGCCAUGCAGUAUCUGAAACUCGUUAAAAAGACGAUAAAACGUGUCAGUAAUUACUGUCCAAUUGACUUAUUCUCUGGCGAUCGCGAUCGUAUGCUGAGGGCUCUACGUGGACUCGUGGAGACGCCACAGAAUAACUUUCGCAUGUGGAGAGCCGGACAGCUGAUCUAUGGCGAUGCGAUGGACGCUGGAUUCCGAGAUGCUCUCGAAGAAACCAUGCAUCAGGGUGACUUCUUACAGAAUUUAGAUAAUUUCUUACAACUCCUCUUGGAAGCCAUACUCAAAGACUACACAGGUGAAGAUGUGCCAAAUGCAGAUCAUCAGCUUCCAGCCGGAAGCGUUCUUCAGCAAAUCCUCACUGCUCAACUCUUCGCGAGGGAUAAUCUCUCAAUCGCCAUGGAAAAGUCAACUGAUGAGGAACACUCCUUUGCGAAUAUUGACAGAAUUCUGGCAAAGACUUGCGACAACCCCUCAGAGGAUUGGCUGUCGUCUCUGGAUGGAGUGGAGAAGUACUUUCUCGGUGCCACCGCCCUCGAUUGCUCCCUGAUGAUGACAUUCCAAAAAGUCGCUGCCGGAGACACAGAGGAGAAGCACACAAUCCAUGUGGCUGGCGGGAAGUUCAUAGUGUCCAUGACAGUGAUGGAUUUGGAUCCCAAAGCCGAUUCCCAUCCAUUCAAGUAUGUUAAACAGACAAGGAUGUCGUACAACGCGCACAGCGAUUUUGUUGCUAGCGGCUAAAAAUAGUUUUAAACAAGUAUUAUCUACUAGAGAAGGACGAAUAAAGAGGUUUUUGGAAGAACUUUU